GCAUAAUCAGGUAGCGUUUCCUUGUUUACUGUUGUAAGCGUAGUAAGAAUUGCAGCUGAGUAUCCAAUUGAACGUUAAAAUGGCGGAUGAACAAGAAUUUUUUGAAAAAGAAGUAAGGCAAGACGUAUUAUGCAAGUCGUUUUGUGCUGCCCGAGGAAAAGUUUUGGAUUUGGUAUAUUGGAAAUGUCCAAAAAAAUCGGGAAUUGUCGUUUCGGUUCUACUCUCAGUCCUCCUAGCACUGUCUUGCUGCUCGAUCCUCUCAGUGACAGCUUACCUCUCCCUAGCUGCUCUGUCAGUAACCUUUACUUAUCGAACCUACCGUUCGAUAAUGGCGGCUGUUCAGAAAACAAACGAAUCUCACCCAUUUCAAACUUAUUUGGAAGCGGAUCUAACUUUACCCCCAGAAAGAAUUCACGCUUUGGCUGAUUCUAUUAUGAGUCACGCUGUCUGUUCGCUCAAUUCUCUGAGGCGUCUAUUCCUUAUCGAGAAUGUAGUUGAUUCAGUCAAGUUCGGUUUAUGUUUAUGGGUUUUGACAUACGUUGGAGCUUGGUUCAACGCUAUGACCUUAUUGCUUAUCGGAGUUGUUUGCCUCUUCAGUUUCCCUAAAGUAUACGAAUUAAAUAAAGAGCAAAUCGAUAAGAAUUUGGACGUAGUUAGAAGUAAAAUCAACGAUGUCAUGAAGAUGAUUCAGGAAAAAGUUCCCAUUCCUGGUCUAAAGAAAAAGGAGGAAUAAUCCCCAUGAUCGAAGGUUUAUUUGAAGGCAGCAAAAAACGCUUUUUUUAUAUAAAAUAAAAAUAAAACAAUAUAUAUAUAUAAUAUAUAUAUAUAUAUAAUAUAUAUAUCUAUAUAUACAUAUAUUUAUUUUUUUUUUUGCUUGCUUUCGAUGUUGUUUAGGUUUGGAAAAUGUAUAUUGUAUGUUUCAUAGUAUGCAAUAGUUAUUUAAGUCGAAGUUGAGAGAAAUAAGAGAGGAAUAUCUUUCUCUUAUAAUCCCUAAAAAAAAGAAAGCUACUUAUCCAGAAUAUCGAUUAUGUAAUAAAUAUAUUCUUUACUUGCUAUUCUCCUUUUUAUUUUGUACCAUUGACAAUUAUAAUAUUUCAGUUGAUCAAAGUAAUCACUAUAUUAUUUUAUUUCAUAGUUAAUUAAACAAACAUCUUCCACAUCCGAAAGCAAUUUAAUUUUAAAAUUGGCUUAAAUAUCAAAUGUUGUCUCUUUAAUAUAUAUAUAUAUGUAUAUAUAUAUAUAUAC